UUCCAGGGUUUUUGUACCAACCGCCUAGACAGCUCAGCCGAGUAAAAAACCCUGGGGUGGAUUUUUACUUUCUGGACCUGGGUUACCCACCUCUUCGGUGUUGUAUCAGCAGGAUAGUUAUAUCAGUGAGUAAACUCCUGAGGAAAAGACGGUCUGAGGAGAGGAUCUAGGGUUAUUUACUGAUCUGAGAUCAGAAUAACGGGUCUAGAACAGGUUAAUCUCUCCUGUAGGAUCAGAGAGGAGCAUGUCUGUGGUGUUUGUUCCGAAGAGACAGCGCGGGAAAGCUCAGAUCAACCAGGAGACGAUCCAGAGACUCCUGGAUGAGAACGACCAGCUUGUGAGAUGUAUAGCUGAGUAUAUGCAGAAAGGCAGAGCCACAGAAUGUGUUCAAUACCAGCAGAUCCUUCACAGAAACCUGGUUUAUUUAGGGACUAUAGCGGAUGCCAGUCCAGAUUUGCCCGAUUCUGCAGUGAAUUCUUGUGAAGAUGUGGCAACAGCGAAUCCAAACACAGAGGCUCCAGAAACUCCAGUUACUCCAGUUCAACCCAGCUGAGACCCAGCAGCUUAAAACGUUGUACUGUGUACAACAUUGUGUAUUUAUUACUGUUCCUUUGAUAAUAAAAUUAAUAAAAACUUUUCAUCCCUUA